CGAUAAUAGCUGUCACUGAUUAUAACGCAGGUUAACUGCAACCUGGCGUUCAAUCGUAUCUAAAUCCUCGCACGACAGUACCAUGAGUGCUCAGUUGCAGGGCGUCUGCCGCCCUUGCGGCCUACCAAGAUGUACUUCAAAGUCUUACCGGCGGCCCUUCGUUGGAACUCGCCGGCCUGUUCAUCGCAUCAGGGCAACAAGUGAGGAGGUUGAUCUUGAAGCCCAGGUGGAGCUCUUCAUGAGGCGUCAGGCGGAGAUUGAGAGCGGAGCUGCCUUCGUUCGCACCAAGGGCGUGGACACUGUCAUCGGUGGCGAGGUCGUCAGUGACGAGCUCGCGCAAAAAUACUGCAGCGAUAUCUUCGAGGUUCUCAAAACCCUGAAGCGCACCAGGGACAUGUCGUUCAACGAGGUGAAGCUCAUCGUAUCCAUCGAGGACCCGCGGGCUCGGGAGCGCCGCGCGGCGGACAUGGAGGACGAGCGCGGUGUGUCCCGUGACGAGAUGGCCGCCGCCCUGGUGGAUAUCGGCGAGGGGCGCAUCCCCAAUGACCGGAUAGCCCUCAAGUGCCUGCACGACGAAAUGCUCAACUGGCCUUUCCUGGAGGUGGGCGGGGAGCUGCCGGCAGCCGCCGCCGCCGCAGUCGCCAGCAGCCAGCAGGGGGCGGCGGAGAGGGC